AUGUUCCUGAACAACGUAACCCGACGGAAGCUAGCCUCUCUGCUACGGCCAUGGCUUCGAGAAGAGCCCGACCUCGAACUCAAAUUAGGGCUUCUCAAUUCCCAUGCGGUCGCCAAGAACCUCCGCUUCGAUACUUCGGUUCUCAACCAGCUCUUCGACGAAUCGUCCCAGUUUUCCUUCAAAGAGGUCACUGUCGAACACUUGACCGUUCGGUUCUCGAACUGGUUCGUCCCUGCCUUUUCAAUCGAAUUUCAAGGCGUCACUGUGACACUAUCACCUGGGGAAUUGAUGGAAGAGAGAAAUGUAGAACGUAGGCCGAAACCGAGGGAUAAAUUUGCAGAAGAUAUGAAGAAGAAGCUUUCUGAGAUUGAUCCUGAGGGUAGUGCUUUGCAUGGUGUUCUCGAAAAGCUCUUGGCCACUUCUCCUUCAACAAAUAACUUUAGGACAACCCUUUGCAAUCUGAUACUUAAACACUGCCAGCUUCGAAUGCAUGACAUCAAUGUGCAAGUGCAGGUUCCCAUCUUAAAUGAUUCACUUGUUUGUUUGUUGAAUUUAAAAGAUAUUAAUGCAGAUCCUCAGUAUCUUGAUCAUGGGUGUCUUCUUCGAGGCCUAUUUGGUGCACUCUUUCUACCUUUGAAAGAGAUCUCUUUUACUCUAGUAGGCAGUGGUUUUGAGGUUGGGUUUAAGAGGGCACAUCAGCUCAAACACGUCUUGUUAUUGUCUGAUUUGUGCACUUGCAUUAAAUUGAAUGACCUUCAGCUUGUGGACAUAAGUCUUGGAAUUCCAGAAUUACGUUUUUCAUUUUCUCCGGAUGAUAUUUUCUUCUAUUCAGCAUUUGGUAAAGCAUCAUCACAAGAAUCUCAUUGUUCAAGAAAUGCUGUGCAACUAUGGAAACUAGCUGCAAGCAGAAUUGACAAUGUGACUUCAGGCCCUAGACGGUCGUUGCAAAAAUUAGUUGUUGUUGUUUGUUUAUGGCUACGUUAUGUUAAUGCUUAUGAGCAUUUACUGUUACUAAUUGGAUAUUCUGAUGACCACUCAUUGAAGAGAUCAGCUACUAGAAUUUCACAGGACAAGAUGUUUUUCAGUUCUGUUAAAAACCAAAUGAAGGUGAUUUCUGAUAUUGAGAAAGAGUUGCCUGCUGAAGCUAUUGCACAGGCGUGGAGAAUAGCGCGUCAUAGAGCAGCAUCAAAUGUUCAAUGUGCCAAAGAUGGUUUAAGAAAAUCAUUUGUGACAUUUCACUUCAACUUCCUUCUCAAGAUCCUUUUCAUACUAGCCUGUACCUGGAGAGUUUUGUGCAAGAUAAUCCACUUUAUCAUACACUUGUUAACUUUUAGGAAAGUAUUGGCCGAAGAGCCAAAAAAAGUGAAUUUGAAGAUUGUUUCUGGAGGUCCAUGUACAGAGUUUUGCUUCAUUUUGAUCCUUGGAAAUGUUCUAAUCACUAUUUCUCAUAUAAAUGAAAUUCAACUUGCAGUAAAUGAGAAAUUAGAAUCCCAUAUUGGGACCUCUUGCUCGGAUUUCCUUUCAUUUCGUCUUUCAGUUGAUUCACUGUUGUUAAAAUAUGUAGAAAACACGUGUGAACAGUCUGUACUUAUAUCCUGUGGGCAGUUAAAGGUUAGAUCCUCAUCUCUUUUGGAAGCUACUGUUAAGGAAAGCAGCUCAAAAUCAUAUUUUAGUUCUAUGGAAGCACAUUGGAAGGAGAGUAAUGAUGAUUUGAAGAAUAUUUUGUGGGCUGAGCCAGCACAAAAUUUUCCCCUUUCAGAAACUUACAAAACUGGUUAUGCCGAUCAUGUGGAAGGUGCUUGUCUCUCACUUCUGAAAAAUUUUCUUGGAGACAUGUGGUUGAACUGGAACACAGCUUGCAAGGAAUUUGAAAAAAGUGAGAUCCAGUACUUUGAAAAUCCAUUCCUUCUGUGUGAAAUUAAAAACUUCUUGACAUAUCCAGACCUCAAAAAUUCAGAUUCUGGGUUUUUGAAAUUCUUUUUGACUCUAGGAAAGUUGAACAUAGUUUUGGGAUGUUCGUCGAUACUAUCGAUAUCGCUGCUCUUUAAGCAAAUACAGCAUGCUCUGUUCUGGACAGAGGACAAUGGUCAAUCAGGGGUUCUGUCACAUUCUCCAAGAGCUAGUGAGGAUAACAAAUACAGGUGCUAUGCGAGUAAAUUAGAAAUGACAUUGCUUAAGAUACUUCCAGAGAAACAUAUUCAACUAGGGAUAUUUGCAGCUGGUCCUCACAUUCAUAUUUCAUUGGGAAAGAAUUUUGAUGCUGGAAACAAAGACAUAAACCAUGAAGUUGGUCAGGAGGAAUUUCACCUUGCAUUUGAUUUUUGCAACAUUGAAGCUGCAGUUUGGCCAACUUCCCAAUUUGAUAUGGAAUCAUUUGUGGCGCCCUCAGGACCUGAUGAUAUAGAACCAGAGUGCCUCAGGUUGGAGCAGCCUCUAAUAGUCGAUAUGUUUAAAUCAGAUAGUGGGAAGUAUCAAUGUCAGGAGUGGAUUUCUCUUGGUUCUUACUUACGAGUUGGUGGUUUAGAGGUUUACCUGGUCGACUCAGCAGGAAAAAGACAAAGCCAAAUUUUAGGUUUGAAGCCAAUCACUGUGCGUUUGUUAUCCUUCAGGGAGUAUGUUCAUUCAUUUAGCACAAGUGUUAUUGCUUUCUCAGCAGCUUUGUGUGGGACAGCUGAAGGAUUCACUAUUUUAUCAUAUGCAGAUGAGUUUUAUGUUUUCUUUCAGGUGCUUGAAAAUUUAUCUUCUGCGAUAUCAUAUUCAUUUAGCAGUUUUGGGUCUAUUAGUUACUUGCCUUUUAAGUUUGCGAAGCAAGAAUUUGCAAUUUCUGAACCUGAGAAUGCGGAGACAACUGCACAUGGAGCUCCCUUGAAUUAUAGCAAUUCCCUAUUUUCAAUUAAUGGGACCUUCAAAAUCAAGUCAGUGGCUAUAAUUCUUCACAAGUCCAGGAUCAGUGGUAAUGUGGACAGUUCUGUAGGAAACUCUGAUGUUUCAAGUAGCAAAAAGUUAGCUGAGCAUGACUUGCCUGACACUGGAAUUUCAAUUUCAAUUCACCAAACAACUGCUGAUUUAUCUUGGAAGGAAGGAAAAGUGAAAGUUCUUUCUAAUUUAUCAGAAAUCCAGUCUGUAAUUUUUAGAUAUAAGAAUCAGAAGGGAAAAAGUAAUGAUCAUAGUGAUCUGCUAUUGCAAUCUUUUGAUUGCUUAUAUGAACUGUCGCUUUCUAGUUCUGUAUUCAAUUUUUCACUGUCCCUCUCUCAGAAUUACCUAUCUUCAGAUAAUGUUAGCAAUGCACCUGGUACCUCUACUUCUGUUGGUAAAACAGUGCACGUGGAAAAUCUUCCAUUCACCACUAAUUCUGAAAGUUCAAAUGGUCAGGACUGUAGAUUUCUUCAGGAUAUAGAAUUUGCUUCAAAUGUACCACCACUGGGCUCAGGUCAUUGGUUACUGAUAAAUGUUGUGUUGGGUAACAUUUAUAUGGGAAGGUACUCAGCAAAGAAUGUUAUGAAUGGGGCACAUCAGCUAAAUACGUUUUUGUCAUCACUUUCUGUUGGUGGUGAAUUUCAAACAAUCUGUUGUGGAAUUCAGGGUGGUUUUCUUUUCCUUGAAAUAACAGCUUUGGCUACCUUCGUCAACUGUUUUGCUUCGUAUCUUCAUUGUUUCACAAAUCUUUUAUCUGGUUUACAAUCAUCUGAUGAACGCAUCGAAGAAGCUGAAAUAUCUGUGGAUACAACCAGACCAAAUGAUCAUUCUGUUCAGGAGUAUAUGCAAGAGACUCACUGUACAUCUCAACAGGCCCAAAUCACACAGAUGGAAGCUUUCAUCUUAAAUAUUUCUCAUUUUUCUUGUGUUCUUAUGAUUGAAGACGAACAUGGUGGUAUGCAGGAACUUGUGCUUGAGGUUGAUCUCCAUUUGAACUUUCAAGUGACAAACAUGAGAAGAAAACUCGUAUUUGAUCUUUCUCGCAUGUCAAUCCUUUCUCAGGCCUUUCAAGAAAUUGUGGAAAAUGAAAUCCAAAUUCCUCAUUUUUCUUCUGUCACAUCAAAUGCUUUUCCGUCUGAUGUUGUAUCUGGAGGUUCUGCUGAAUUUUCUCAUCAUGGGGAUAGGAUUCACCCUGUUAAUGAUGCAAGCUGUUCAAGAGAUCCUGGACCACAAGAAGAGUUUUCUGUACAUAAUUCUCUGCCUGAGGCCUUCCGUCCAAUUCAUCAGAAUUAUAUCCUGAAGCAUGCAGGUGCCGUCAUAUCAGUUGAGAAGCCUUUAAAUGAUUCUUUGUGCUUAAACGAGGUUUGGGUUGGAAGUGGAUCUAUAUCAUGUUUUGAUAUUACAAUAUCUCUGUCUGAAAUACAGGAGAUGAUCAGUGAACCGGAUAGAAGGCACCAGUCAAGUAAUGAGGAAUUCAAAAACAGUUUGGAGACGAUGAUUCCUAACGGUGCAAUAGUUGCAAUUCAGGAUAUCCAUCAACACAUGUACUUCACCGUUGAGGGCGAGGAGAAUAAGUUCAAUUUAGUGGGUGUAGUUCAUUAUUCUCUUGUUGGAGAAAGGGCUCUUUUCAGGGUCAAGUAUCACAACCAAGGGAGAUGGAAGUCAUCAGUUUCGUGGUUCUCCUUGAUAUCAUUGUAUGCUAAGAAUGAUUUAGGGGAGCCAUUGCGCUUGAACUACCGUCCAGGAUCUGGUUUUGUUGACUUAUCUAGCGCUAAUGAUAAUGGGUGGGCACUUUGGAAAGCAAUUUCUUGUGAGCCUGAGAAUUCUGAGGGUGACAUUGACUGGGAGCCCAACAUUCAAUUGGUUCAAAGGACCUUUUACCUUUUGAACAAGAAGAGUGACUCUGCUGUUGCUUUUGUAGAUGGAAUUCCAGAGUUUGUUAGGAAGCCUGGAAAUCCAUUCAAGUUGAAAGUGUUCCAUAAUGCUUCUGUAGCUCGUGACAUAAAGAUGGAUAGUUACCCUGGGGAGGCAUCUGGAACUAGUCUGCAACGUGAUGCACUCAGAGAUGACGGGAACACUUCUGUGAGAAGUGGAAAACUCCCUUGCAUUGAUGUUACUUUUGACAAAAUUUCUUUGACCAUUUUCCAUGAACUUGUACAUACAGAAGACAUGUUUCCUCUCCUUUGUGGUUGUAUUGACCAAACCAAACUUACUGUCCAAAUUCUCCUUUCUAAAACUAGGGUUAUAAGCAUGUCAACUGCAGUGCUACAUUACUUUGAUGCACAAAAAAACUUAUGGAGAGAACUUCUCCACCCAGUUGAAGUAUGCCUUUUCUAUCGUUCUAGCUUCCAACUUCAGGGAUCACAAGCUGUUUCGCAUGGAGUACCUGUUCAUAUCCACUGCAGAACUAAAGAGUUGAAUAUAUCCCUUUCCGAGCUUUCACUGGACAUACUUCUCUUUGUGAUUGGGAAAUUAAAUUUAGCUGGUCCUUAUUCAGUGAGAAGCAAUAAGAUUUGGGCCAAUUGCUGCAAGCCCAUGAGUCCCAAUGGAGUCCAAUUGAUAAAUCUUCUGAUGAAUUGCUAG